AUGGCAUCGUCGAGUUCGGUCGGCUGCCCGAGGGCCCCCGCGCCCACGCCCACGCCUGCGCCCAACUUCGCGUACCCUCCGCAUCCCUUCAACGACCCGAGACGGUUCCUCCGGUCUCUCGAACGGCUCCCGGCCGAACUGCUACGGCCCAUUGCCGAAGCCCUGGUUCCUACUGCGCCCCUGACCACCCGCUUCGCUCUGCGCGGGUCUGGUACCUGGGAGUUCCGCGAUGCCGACCACCAGUGGGCGGACUGGCGUGUCUGCCAACACAACCUCUUGUCCUUCGCCCAGACGUCGCGGCGCAUGGCCGCCAUCGCCAAGCCGUUACUCUACCACACCCUCAUCAUCCCUACGCCGCGCGCCCUCGUCGCCCUGCUGCGUCGGGUUGAGCUGAAUCCAGAUGUGAGGGCAUGGGUUCGCAGUAUCACCUGUCUCGUCAACAUUGGCGGUUCCUCCACCAUCGAGGAGGUCAGCCAUGAGUGGGAAAGGCAGACCGGAGUCAGGUGGACAUGUCGAUACCCCGGGAAAGAGCCGUGUACCAUUGUGCUGGACCUUCUCAAGGGACUCAUCCUGAAUGCGCCCAACCUGCAAGACUUUCUCAUAGCCUGCCCGGACGCCCCGUUCGGUGUGGAGGCCACGGACCAACUCGAACCAGCGAUACGCGACGCUGUGAUUCAGUACCGGGCUGAGCACGACCCCCCCAUCGCCGAGCGGUUCUUUGAUCUGUUCCCGAUCGGCCAGAUGCGUAAUCUCACAUCGCUGCGCAUCUAUUGUCAGCGGGAAGAUGGCGACCGCCAGUUGACCCCAUCCCGUCUUAUUGCCGACUACAUUAUCGAAACCCUACCCCAACUCACCCAUGUCAAGACGCUCGAGCUGUGUUGCGCCUCAGCCGAUACUGUCGCAGAGGGCGAUCUUGCGCUGCCCUCACUCCCACAUAUUGAGCACCUACGACUCUACGGAACUCAAAUACACGAACCCAGGUUGGUAGCGCUCUGCCUCGCAUGUGUCAACCUGAAAACAUUGGUUGUGCAUUUUGAGGCGAGCUCCACCGAUGACGACCGGGACCUGCUGCCAGAAGGCAAAACCCUUAACGAUGCACUUCUCGGUCUCGCCGGCUCGCUGGAGACUCUCGAGCUGGUCUCGCUCUCAGAAGGACACUAUCUCACGCGGGGCAUGGAACGCCCACGGAAACCCGAAAAUCACCGGCUGCGGUGCAUCCCGGAGCUCGCGCGUCUCGAGACGUUGAUGCUCGACUACCGCGGCGUGUUUGGCACGCUCGGCGUGCUCGACUGGGACGAUGGCGAACGGCUCUGCCAGCUGCUCCCGCCGUCGGUCCGCGACUUCACCCUCGUGUGCGAGUGGGGCACGGCCCGAGACUGGAAGCAGUCAUACCUUGCCAAUCUCGAUAUGGUACUGCACGGCGUGGAAUGCUUGUGUGCGAGUAAAGCACACCGACUAUCCAGCAUCUCGCUGGCGAUUCACUCGUGGCCGGCCGAGAGCCGGUUUCACAGGCGGUUCAGGCGGGAAGUCGAAACGGCCCGACAACGUUGCGCCAAAGCGGGCAUCCUGUUCCGGACUUUUGACCUGCUUCCGUCGUAUCAAGACGAGGAUGAGCCGCCAGGCGCUGAGGAUGAAGGGGAGUAUGAAGAUGAAGACGAAGACGAGUACGAGGAGGCCGCCGAGGAACAGGAGUACCUUCAUGAGCACCACAUAUUACCAGACGAGGAAGAAUUAGAGCUGGAAGAGGAGGACGAGGCGUCGGAAUACUAUUUCUCGGGGGACGAAGACCCAGACCCGGAACGACAAGCCCGGCGGCCAGCGACGUUCAACGACUUUCUAGAGCAGCUCGGGCCGGACCACGGGCAAAACAUCGACGACCUUUUCUACGCGUACCACGAAGAUCGGUGGGACGAAUACCUGUUCUGA